CGGGCCGAAGGGCUGAGCAGCGCCGCUGCCGUCGGGCGCGCAGCUCUGCAGCGCUGCUAACGCUUCGGCGCCCGCACCCCCAGGGGCCCGGCGGCCCCGCAUUGUGCUGGGCCGGGUCACCGAGAUCCUGGAUGAACGUCACAGGUGGCCGGCUGCGUUCUGGCUGUUGGUACUUUCCGAAGCUUGAGCUCCGAACGGUAGAACCGUUGUGGACUGAAACCCACCUCUCUAGACCUGAAAGCGAGACAGAGAAAGAGGAAGGGCACACAAGUUCCAGAGACUAUGAUGUUCUGAAUUCCAGUUCCUCUCUCAGGAAGUGAGCAGCCCCUUCAGAUGGCACCUCUGGAGACCCUAGUGAAGGCUCUUCCCUUCGGCCUGGGGUUUUGGGCUCAUUCUCCCAGACUCAGGUGAGACCCCGAUGGGCACCCUGUGCGGCAGGUGCUGACAUGCGCCCCAACUCCAGCCACUAGCAUCAUUACCAGCCUCAGUUUCUAAAUGCCACAGUGCUCUUGGGGCCAGUUGGGCUGGGCACCACUGUUGCCUUUAAAGACCAUAAAACCAUGGGAAACGCAGAAAGCCAAAAUGUAGACCACGAGUUUUAUGGAGAAAAGCAUGCCAGCCUGGGGCGGAAACACACAUCACGCUCCCUGCGACUGUCACACAAGACACGGAGGACACGACACGCUUCCUCCGGGAAGGCGAUCCACAGGAACUCUGAAGUGAGCACCCGGUCCAGCAGCACCCCCAGCAUCCCCCAGUCCCUGGCCGAAAAUGGCUUGGAGCCCUUCUCCCAAGAAGGAGCCCUAGAUGACUUUGGGGACCCCAUCUGGGUGGACCGAGUAGAUAUGGGCUUGAGACCUGUAUCUUACACCGAUUCCUCUGUCACUCCCAGCGUAGAUGGCAGCAUGGUCCUCACGGCCGCCUCUGUGCAGAGCAUGCCAGACUCUGAGGAGAGCCGGCUUUACGGGGAUGACGCUACAUACUUGGCUGAGGGAGGCAGGAGGCAGCGUCCCUAUACAUCCAAUGGGCCCACGUUCAUGGAGACAGCGAGCUUUAAGAAGAAACGCUCCAAAUCUGCAGACAUCUGGCGGGAGGACAGCCUGGAAUUCUCACUCUCAGACCUGAGCCAAGAACAUUUAACAAGCAACGAAGAAAUCUUGGGUUCCGCGGAAGAGAAGGAUUGCGAGGAGGCUCGGGGGAUGGAAACAGAGGCGAGUCCCAGGCAGCUCAGCACCUGUCAGCGAGCCAACUCCCUGGGUGACUUGUACGCUCAGAAAAACUCUGGGGUGAAGGCAAACGGAGGACCGAGGAACAGAUUUUCAGGCUACUGUCGGAAUUUGGUGUCUGAUAUUCCCGAUCUCACAAAGCAUAAGAUGCCACCAGCUGCUGCCGAAGAGACUCUUCCGUACAGUAAUUAUAACACACUCCCCUGUAGGAAAUCGCACUGUCUCUCCGAAGGUGACACCAACCCACAAAUUAGCCUUAGCAAGAGCAUGCAAGGCCGAAGAGCAAAAACAACCCAGGAUGUUAACACAGGCGAGGGCAGCGAGUUUGCAGACAGCGGGAUCGAAGGGGCCACCACCGACACGGACCUCCUGUCCAGGCGAUCUAAUGCCACCAACUCCAGCUACUCGCCCCCUACCAGCCGAGCCUUUGUGGGCAGCGACAGCGGCAGCAGUUCGACGGGGGAUGCUGCACGCCAGGGGGUGUACGAGAACUUCAGGCGAGAACUGGAGCUGAGCACCACCAACAGCGAGAGCCUGGAGGAGGCUGGCUCUGCACACAGCGACGAGCAGAGCAGCGGCACCCUCAGCUCCCCGGGCCAGUCGGACAUCCUGCUGACAGCCACGCAGGGCACCGUUCGGAAGGCUGGCGCGCUGGCAGUCAAGAACUUCCUGGUACAUAAGAAGAAUAAGAAGGUGGAGUCCGCUACACGGAGGAAGUGGAAGCAUUACUGGGUGUCCCUGAAAGGUUGCACGCUCUUUUUCUACGAGAGUGACGGCAGGUCUGGGAUAGACCACAACAGCGUCCCCAAGCAUGCUGUCUGGGUGGAGAACAGCAUUGUGCAGGCUGUUCCUGAGCACCCCAAGAAGGACUUUGUCUUCUGCCUCAGCAACUCCCUGGGUGACGCCUUCCUCUUUCAGACCACCAGCCAGACGGAGCUGGAGAACUGGAUCACCGCCAUCCACUCUGCCUGCGCAGCCGCUGUGGCAAGGCACCAUCACAAGGAAGACACACUGCGCCUCCUCAAGUCAGAGAUCAAGAAGCUGGAGCAGAAGAUCGACAUGGACGAGAAGAUGAAGAAGAUGGGGGAGAUGCAGCUGUCCUCGGUCACCGACUCAAAAAAGAAGAAGACCAUACUGGACCAGAUCUUUGUCUGGGAGCAGAAUCUCGAGCAGUUCCAGAUGGACCUGUUUCGUUUCCGCUGUUACUUAGCCAGCCUCCAGGGCGGGGAGCUGCCAAACCCCAAAAGGCUGCUUGCUUUUGCAAGCCGGCCGACGAAAGUGGCAAUGGGCCGCCUUGGGAUCUUUUCUGUAUCGUCUUUUCAUGCCCUGGUGGCAGCCCGCACCGGUGAGAUUGGAGUGAGAAGACGCACUCAAGCCAUGUCCAGGUCUGCAAGCAAGCGAAGAAGCAGGUUUUCUUCUCUCUGGGGCCUGGACACUACCUCCAAAAAGAAGCAGGGACGUCCAACCAUCAACCAGGUGUUUGGAGAGGGAGCCGACGCUGAGAAGAAAUCGUUAGAGGGGAUAUUUGAUGACACGGUUCCAGAUGGGAAGAGGGACAAGGACGUGGUCUUACCCAGCGUCCACCAGCACAAUCCCGACUGUGACAUCUGGGUCCACGAAUAUUUCACUCCAUCCUGGUUCUGUCUGCCCAAUAAUCAGCCAGCCCUGACAGUUGUGCGGCCUGGGGACACGGCGAGGGACACUUUGGAGCUCAUUUGCAAGGCACACCAACUGGACCAUUCUGCCCAUUACCUGCGCCUGAAGUUUCUAAUGGAGAACAAGAUGCUGUUCUACACCCCACAGCCCGAGGAGGACAUUUACGAGCUGGUAAUGUUUACGCCUGCUGUCCCUGUGCGGUUUUCCCUGUCUUCUGUGGACGAAGAUGGCAUUCGAAGGCUCUACGUCAGCAGCGUCAAGGAAACCGGCUUAGCUUCCAAGAAAGGCCUGAAGGCGGGGGAUGAGAUUCUUGAGAUCAAUAAUCGUGCUGCUGGCACCCUGAACUCCUCUAUGCUCAAAGAUUUCCUCUCGCAGCCCUCCCUGGGCCUCCUGGUGAGGACAUACCCUGAGCCGGAGGCAGGAGUGGAGCUUCUGGAGAACCCACCGCACCGAGUGGACGGCCCUGUGGACCUGGGCGAGAGCCCCCUCGCCUUCCUCACCAGCAACCCAGGUUACCGUCUGCAGCUUGGCUACUUAAGCAAGAAGCCCGUUAUCAUUCAUGAUUUGGUUUAUUGGUCCCUGGAAGAGUUUGACAAGUUGAAGCUUCAAAAAAUGGACCACGACAGUUUAGACUCCUUGAGCGAUUUCCACAUGUACCCAGAGUUGGAACCACUUUGGCCACCCAACUCCUCCUGUUUGCAGACUUCGUCCUGUGAAAAUGGUGGCGUGCAGACAUUGCCGAUGCCCUUUCAGGAUCUGUUCCGUGGAGAUUUUGAUAGCACAGAACAGGUCGCUGCGUUCUGCCGGAGCCUGCACGAGAUGAAUCCCUCUGACUCGAGCCCGUCUCCUCAGGACGCCACGGGCCCUCAGCUGGCGACCACACGGCAGCUGUCGGACGCGGAUAAACUGCGCAAGGUCAUCUGCGAGCUGCUGGAGACUGAGCGCACCUACGUGAAGGACUUAAACUGCCUCAUGGAGAGAUACCUGAAGCCCCUUCAGAAGGAGACCUUUCUCACCCAGGAUGAGCUUGAUGUACUCUUUGGCAAUUUAACCGAAAUGGUAGAGUUUCAAGUUGAAUUCCUUAAAACUCUCGAAGAUGGAGUCAGACUGGUCCCUGAUUUGGAAAAGCUUGAGAAAGUUGACCAAUUCAAGAAAGUGCUGUUCUCUCUGGGGGGAUCCUUUCUGUACUAUGCGGACCGCUUCAAGCUCUACAGUGCCUUCUGUGCCAGCCACACGAAAGUCCCCAAGGUCCUGGUGAAAGCCAAGACGGACACAGCCUUCAAGGCGUUCCUAGAUGCCCAGAACCCGAGGCAGCAACACUCCUCCACACUGGAGUCUUACCUCAUCAAACCCAUUCAGAGGGUCCUCAAGUACCCGCUUCUGCUCAGGGAGCUGUUUGCACUGACUGACGCGGAGAGCGAGGAACACUACCACCUGGAUGUGGCCAUCAAGACCAUGAACAAGGUUGCCAGUCACAUCAAUGAGAUGCAGAAGAUCCAUGAGGAGUUUGGGGCCGUGUUUGACCAGCUGAUUGCUGAGCAGACAGGAGAGAAGAAGGAGGUCGCAGAUCUCAGCAUGGGUGACCUGCUGUUGCACACGGCUGUCAUCUGGCUGAACCCGCCUGCCUCUCUGGGAAAGUGGAAAAAGGAGCCAGAACUGGCAGCUUUUGUCUUCAAAACUGCCGUGGUCCUCGUGUAUAAGGAUGGUUCCAAGCAGAAGAAGAAACUUGUUGGCUCUCACAGGCUGUCAAUCUAUGAGGAGUGGGACCCUUUCCGGUUUCGUCACAUGAUCCCUACUGAAGCUUUGCAAGUACGAGCUCUGCCAACUGCAGAUGCGGAGGCUAAUGCUGUGUGUGAAAUUGUCCACGUGAAGUCAGAAUCAGAAGGGAGGCCAGAGCGGGUCUUCCACCUCUGCUGCAGCUCCCCAGAGAGCCGAAAGGAUUUCCUGAAGGCUGUACAUUCGAUCCUUCGAGAUAAACACAGAAGACAGCUCCUCAAAACGGAAAGCCUUCCCUCAUCCCAGCAGUAUGUCCCUUUUGGAGGCAAGAGAUUAUGUGCGCUUAAAGGCGCCAGGCCAGCCAUGAGCAGGGCAGUGUCUGCCCCAAGCAAGUCUCUUGGGAGGAGGAGGCGGCGACUGGCUCGCAACAGGUUUACCAUUGAUUCCGAUGCCGUGUCGGCUAGCAGCCCGGAGAAAGAGCCCCAGCAGCCCCCCGGCGGCGGGGACACUGACCGAUGGGUAGAGGAACAGUUUGAUCUUGCUCAGUAUGAAGAGCAGGAUGACAUCAAGGAGACAGACAUCCUCAGUGACGAUGACGAGUUCUGUGAGUCCGUGAAGGGCGCCUCAGAGGACACAGACCUGCAGGAGCAGCUUCAGGCUGCCUCCAUCAGUCAGCGGGCCCGAGGACGGAGAACCCUCGAUAGCCACGCCUCCCGCAUGACGCAGCUCAAGAAGCAAGCGGCCCUGUCGGGCAUCAAUGGAGGCCUGGAGAGCGCAAGCGAGGAAGUCAUUUGGGUUAGGCGUGAAGACUUUGCCCCCUCCCGGAAACUGAACACUGAGAUCUGACUCUCUGGUCUCCUUAGAGACAGUGUGUAGAUACGACGCUGGCCCUAUCCUCACUCUGCUCACCCUCCUGUGCCGUCCACGAGAAUGUCCCCUUAGGUCGCACUGUUGCACACCGAUUUUUGGCAGCUGACUCGGGUCUGAAGCCAUGCAGCCACCCACCCUUAUCAUUCUUAAUGACAUCAGAAAGAAUUGUUCAGAAUCCCAACUGAGCUCGAGUCCUAUCGUCUGUAUAUUGCCAAGGGCUUUUAUUUAUUCUCAGUUCAUCAGGGCCUGAAGAAUUAGAACAAAGAAUCGAUAGCACUGGAGAUCAAACUGUCCCCACCCCAGCAGUCGAAGCAAAGGAUCAGAGUGACAAGGUAGCAUACACACAGAUGUCACAGCUUGUCCUUUCUGAAUGCAGUCUCCUAGCUGGGGGACAACCACCUUCAAACACACACCAAACAGUGGAGCAAAUGGAAACUUCUGUCCAGCUUGCAGUGUUCCGACUCCUCCCCCUUCAGCAAGCGGCAGAGAAUACCUGUGUAUUUUAAGAAUGUGUGAGGCUAAGGUGGUCGCUUCUGUUUGAUGAGCCUUUUAUUCUUUCUCUUCUGUUGAUGUCUGUAGCUGGUCUUACUCUGUGUCAGUGUUUGAAAGCUCUAGUUUUGCAGAGAAUUAUAAAGAUGCCAAACUCUUGGGAAAGAGAUCCAAAUUUAUCACUGAGAGAGAGAGAGAAAAUAACACUAUUUUUUUGUAUUUUCCUUGAGAUGCAGGGGCACAAAGAGAUGAGAAUUUUACAGUGUUAGGUGUAACUCAGUCUGAAAAUGAGGAUAUAGCCUUUUGCAGAGCGAGCAAGGCACGAGGACUUUAUAUUUAUAUAUGAAAUGGCCAACGAGAAGCUCACGCUAAGAAUAAACGAUUUUUUUUUAAAUGUAUGAAUCUAUAUUUGAGAUGGAGUUUGGUUGGAUGACAGGGACAGGGAAUGGGGCUGUGUGUGUGUAUGUUUGUUGCACAUGGCAGGGGAGGGGAGCCCCCUCCUCGUGGGUUGCCAUGACGAUCAUUGGGUUUUAUUUUCCUCCCCAUCAAAACUGCAUCUUCAUCCAUAGGUGACUUCCCCCUUCCCUGACAGUCCAUGACCAAAUCUCAGAACCUCUUCAGACACAUCCUUUAUGGGUAACACUUACUUCACGCCAACGAAACAGGGUAAACUUGGUAAGGGGCCUAAUCUUCUAAACGGAUGUCCAAAUAGGAAGAGCAAAAACCCAUUAGAGCACUUUCAUUUUUUAAAAAAAGGUUUCUAGCUUUGUGUUCCUCCCUCUUCCUCCCCACUUCAUGAUAUCCAUUCCCUAAGAAGGGUUUAAAUAAUAUGAAAACUUUCUUUUUGGAAAUAAAAAAAUAUAUAUCUAUAUAUAUCUAUCUAUUUGGUGUUUGAUACAUCAGUAGGUACUUUAAAGACCUGAAUUUUAUAGUAGCUUUAGCAAUUAUAUUUUAUAAGAAUCAGUUAUGACUUUAUAUUUCCAGAUAGAGAGUUGAGAACACGAUGCUCUAAGCCCCCACCCUGCUUGCUCUCCCGCUCUCCCCGUCCUCUCCUCCCCCUUUCGGGUUUCCAGGGCUUGGAGCUUGAUCUUUUCAAAGUUUUAUUCUAUUAAAGUUUUUGCUAUAUCUUCUGGUUUU